GCAGAUGUAUGUGUACAGGAAACGGUUUUGUCUGUUUCUGAACAAGUCCCAUUUAUAUGUGCGGGUCACGUGUCUCCGAUCGCAACGAACGUCUCCCGUCGAAAGUCGAGAACAAGUCCGAGAGGGUCCUCCGCUCCGUCUCUCUUGGCCGAACGACACGAGCGAACGAACAUCGAACGGGAUGCCAACCCAGGAGUCAAAAGCGCACCUGCUCAUUCAUGUGCGUCGGUUGUCGGAUUCCUGCGAACCGCCCCAUUAAAUUUGUCCACCCUACCUCCGGCGGCAUUGAGUUCGUCACGACGGACCGCCCUUCCCCCACUUAGUUGUCCCGGCGGCGGCUUUGUCGGUAUAGCAGUUCACGCAACAAGGAAGAGCAUCUAACGCCGACGGUGGAUCGGACGCUAUGUUCGCCAAAAGCAGGCCGUUGAGGAACGUGGGGCUCCUGGAGUACUUCGAUUUGCUAGCCCAGCCGGCACUCCUGUUGACGGUUGGAGAGACGCAUGCUAUCGCUUACGUCAAUCCUGCUCUCCACGGUAUCAUCCACUCAACCGCAGAAUAUCUAUCCCUCGAAAACUCGCCACUUGCCGACCUUUUAUUAGUAGAUGAUCCGAUCCAAUUUGAGGACUGGAUAGACUUCGUCCGAGCAAAUGGAUCCUCGCCACAUCCCUUCACAGCGUAUGCAAAGAUCAAAUCAUCCCAAAGGUCAGUACAGAUUGAAUGGGACGCCGUUUGGAUGAAGCCGCACUUUCUUGCGCUCACCGGCAAACCGGUGAAUUUGAUUCCGGCGCGGCCAGAUAAUGAUGGCGCCCCAGUGGAGCGCCUUGUGGCCGGAGGUGGAAUCAUGGGCGACCUUCUACGAGAGCUUGACUGGACAAAUAGCCCGCUGGGUCCGAUCGCCUUGUGGCCACAAUCUUUGAGGACUGCUGUCUCGCUUGUAUUAGCGUCUCCCUUGCCAAUGUCUAUCUGGUGGGGCCCGGAAUUUGUCCUCCUCUAUAACGAUGCCUAUAUCCCGAUUGCGGCUGCGAAACAUCCGUGGCUGUUUGGGAAGCCGGGUGCCGUGGGGUGGAGCGAUAUAUGGGAUAAAAUCAAAGUGGCGGCAGAGCAAGCAAUGGCCGGAAAGGGAAAACACGUGGAGGACGAUCUCUUCUUCAUGUCGCGAAACGGGUUCACUGAGGAAACAUACUUCAACUGGGCGUACGUGCCAAUUCGGCAAGAAGACGGAUCCAUUGGAGGCCUUCUAAACCCUGCUAUCGAGACAACGCGUCAAGCAAUCUCGGAGCGCCGAAUGAGAGCUCUUAGAGAUUUCAGCGUCAACGCGGGACAAGCGAAGACAGUAUCGGAACUCCUAUCGACGACGACGAGCAUCCUCACGUCCUGCGAUAAAGAGGUUUCAUUUGCUCUCUUGUACACUGGUACAUCCGAGACGAGCGGAAUCAGUCAAAUCUCCCUGGAUAGUGGUCAGCCGUUUUUAUUACAACUUGCUGCCACGGUCGGAAUUCAUCGCGGGCAUCCCGCGGCUGUAGACCACGUCGUCCUGGAUCUUGCGCAGAAUUUUGAGCUGCCCCAAGUAUGGCCCUUCCAUGAAGCUUGUACGAAACGCAGCGUGGUUGUAAUGCGGAAUCAAACUUAUGUUGCUGGCAUUCCUGGGAGAUGCUUUGGCGAUCCGUCGAACGUUGUGGUCGUAUGUCCCAUUGCGGGGAGUGAGGCGGAAGACAUCCAAGGAGUGCUGGUUCUAGGGCUGAGCAGCAGAUUGGCAUACAACGACGACUAUGCAACAUUCAUCACCUUGCUACACCGCCAGUUCGCUGGAUCUAUGUCCAGCAUAAUAGCCUUUGAAGAGGAGGUUCGCAGAGCAGAUGCACUGGCGGCGAUAGAUAGAGCAAAAACCGCGUUUUUCAACUCUGUUUCGCAUGAACUGCGGACACCCCUGACACUGAUGUUGGGUCCCCUGGAGGACUUGCGUUCUUCGAAGAAGGAACCUCCUUCGAAAUUUCAAAUGGAACAUUUGACACUGGUCAGCCGCAACGCCAAGCGCUUACUAAAGCUGGUGAACAGCAUAUUGGACUUCAGUCGCCUCGAAGCUGGGAGGAUGCAAGCCUCUUUCAAAAGAACUGAUAUCGCCGCCUUCACGCGGGAUCUCGCUAGCAACUUCCGAAGUGCGAUUACAAAAGGCGGUGUGCGAUUCGAUGUGCAGUGCAACGAAAAAUCCAAGAAAGUUUACGUCGAUCAUGACAUGUGGGAGAAAAUCGUGUUCAAUCUCAUCGGAAACGCCUUCAAAUUCACCACGGCGGGUUCUAUAACGGUUCGGGUGGAAAAUAAUAACGAUCGCUCGGCGGUUAUCUUCUCCGUUACCGACACCGGAGUCGGUAUUCCAGGGGAGCACCUCGACCGAGUCUUCGAGCGAUUCCACCGUGUUGAAGGGAGAGGAGGCAGAUCUCAUGAAGGCACGGGGAUUGGGCUGGCAUUGACUCAGGAGCUCAUUAAACUCCAUGGUGGCGCAUUAUGGGUGGAGAGCACGGUGGGGAAAGGCAGCACGUUCUUCGCAAAGAUUCCGGUAGGCAAUGCCCAUUUACCGCCUGAAAUGAUCUUUGAAGAACCGGUGAACCCGGAUUCCACUUUGACUCCAUUACGUUAUGGUCAAGCUGUGGUGGACGACGCAAAUCUUUGGAUACCAGAUCGAGAUGAGGAGACCAUGGACUCGUCGCUUUCAGACUCCUCGCUUUCAGUAAGUUCCGGAAGCGGAGCGCUCCCCGUCAUGACGCGCGGGUGCCGUGUGCUUCUCGCUGAUGACAACGCAGACAUGCGAUGGUACGUCCGCUCGAUAUUGAAGAACAUUUGGACUGUUACGGAGGUCGCGGACGGAAUGGAAGCUCUUGAAUCCAUCAGAGCUGAUCCGCCGGAUAUCAUCGUAUCCGACGUGAUGAUGCCUCGCUUGGAUGGCAUUGCACUUGUGAAGUUGCUCAAGUCAAACCCAGAAUUCAAGCGAAUCCCGAUCAUUCUGUUAUCCGCAAGAGCGGGGGAAGAAGCGCGCGUCGAUGGCUUGGAGCUCGGAGCGGAUGAUUACCUGGUGAAGCCAUUCUCUGCCAAGGAACUGAGAGCCAGAGUACAUGCGCAUCUGGAAGUAUCUCGUCUACGGAUGGAGCUCGAGAAGCGCGUACAGGAGCGGACGAAGGAACUGGCGGAGAGCGAAUGGAGGUACAAGACUAUAUCUCGGCUCAACCCCGUCGGCAUUUUCAAGACCACCAAUGUUGGGCAUUUGAUCUAUACAAAUGAGAUGUGGUGGCACAUCACCAUGCACGACCGCGUCUCUGAUCCCAGUGGGCGCAAGUUUUUGGACUCGAUUCACCCCGACGAUCGAGAAAUUGCUACGAAUGAAUGGCAAAGUGCACUCACUUUACCCCGGCAUACGUUUGAAGUGCGCUUUUACAACGCAACGCUCAACAAAGAAACCUGCGUUUUAGCAGAAACAAACUUGGAGUAUGACGACCACGGAAACAGCGUCGGAAUGAUUGGAUCGUUCACGGACCUCACGGAGCGAAAACGCCUAGAAAAGGAACGACUUGCAGCGCUGGAAAUUGCGGAGACUUAUCAAAGGCGACGGGCGGAGGAGGCCGAGAGGAUGAAGCGGCACCAGGAGCUUUUCAUCGAUAUGACGUGCCAUGAACUGAGGAACCCCCUCAACGGGAUAUAUCACAACGCCGAUUUACUGUCGGAGUUGUUACAGAAAGUAGAUGGUCAUGCCUCUGUCUUGCAGAAAGCUUGGACGAGCCCGGGGACCACACCGCUGAGUCUCGGAGACAUAAGGACAGAGGUUGCAGAAGGAUUAGAAGCCGUGGAGACGAUUUUACAGUGCGCCCGACAUCAAAAUAACAUCGCCGAUGAUGUCUUGCAAGUCUCCAAAAUUUCGAUGAAUCUUGUGCAAUUGUCAGCCGUCGAUUAUCAGCCACAUGUUGAGAUUCAGAAAGCCAUUCGGAUGUACGAGACGGAAGCUAGGCUGAAAGAGAUCGACUUGGCUCUUGUCGUCAAACCCGAAUACACAAGGCUUGGCGUCGACUGGGUCCGAGGGGAUCCGAAGCGUUUGAUGCAAAUCCUGAUAAACCUCAUUUCGAAUGCCAUACGAUUCACCCAACGGGCGAACGAGCGAAGGAUUACUCUGCGACUUGAUGCCUCAUCGGCCCCUCCGUUUCUGGUCGAGAAGGAGGCCGAAAGUCCUAUGAAGAAGACCGUGAGUUCCGACGAGUUGGAUUCGAGUACCAUUGUCGGUAGGCUGGAGAAGGACGUUCGAAAUGCGCUACAUGGUCGACCACCGAAGCCGACAGUAUACAUAUGCGUCGAUGUCUGCGAUUCGGGGUUGGGGAUGACUGCUGAGGAACAGACACUGCUGUUCGGCCGCUUCUCUCUCCCAUCAUUGAAGACGUACGGAGAGUACGGGGGAACUGGGCUCGGCUUGUUUAUAUCCAAGAAACUUGUCGAGCUCCAAGGGGGACAUAUACAGGUUGACAGCGCCAAGGACGUCGGAACGACGUUCAAGUUCUACAUCAAAGCCGAGUUACGGGCAGCAGCCGAGGGACCAAUAACGCCGCCCCAGAUCACCUUAGCAAGGGCAAAAUCGUCGUCCGCUAUUAGCUCACCUUCGGCAACGCCGUCCAAGGGCAACGUCUUCCCUCCGCCAAAAGCGCCUCUGGUGAAGGGAAACUCAGGAUCGGUUAUGGUGGUCGAAGACAACGUUGUAAAUCAAAAAGUUUUGAAAAAACAACUGGAAACCGCUGGGUAUGCUGUACAGAUUGCCAACCAUGGCGCAGAGGCCCUGGAAUUGUUUGGUCAACACAUAUCCUCCCCUUUCGACAUCAUCUUAAUGGACAUUGAGAUGCCUAUCAUGGACGGCCUGCAGGCGACAACGGCUAUAAGAAAGAGUGAAAGCUCUCAGUCUGUGUCGUCAUUGGAUCAUACCCCAUCACGCGUUCCGAUAGUCGCUAUCAGCGGGAAUGCGCGCACCGAAUACCAGCAAAAAGCCCUCGCAGUCGGCAUGGACGACUUCGUUGUCAAGCCCUACAUCAAAAAGGAUCUUUUGGCGAAAAUCGAACAGCUGAUCCAGAGUCGGAAGUAA